ACAUAAGUUCUAAAUAUUGUUAGGAUCCUGAGGCAAGUUAUGACUACAAUAACAUUGAUCCCGACCCCUCACCAAGACCGACUUUUAAUGAUGAAAACAGGUUGGUAAUACAACACCUUGAACCUUCGCACUAUUUGUUCUCAAUCCACACAUUGCAUAUUUUCAUAAUGGUCUAACCACUAUUUUUGUCUCUCUUGUUAGACAUGGGACGAGAUGUGCGGGUGAGGUUGCGGCAGCCGCUGGCAAUAAUCAUUGUGGUAUUGGUGUUGCGUAUGGUGCAAAAAUAGGAGGUACUGUACUCCAACACUUCAACAUUUUCAAAUACUGUAUAUUACCAAAUUUGAAAAUAUAUUACUGUAUAUUACCAAAUUUGUGUCAAAACAUUCAGGAAUGCAACCACAUUCCUGUGCUUUUUUCUGCUGAAAUGCCGUACUAGUAUUCGCCAUCUCAGGAAUCAGACAGUAUAAUUUCCCACAGACCAACCAGAUGUCGCUAUCCAGUUGACAUUGUUAAAAAAGUAUUAGAUUUGAUGUACACGGCUGUGUGCCUAUUUUUUAACGAUUUUUGAACUUACUUUAUAUUUGUAAUGUAUGCAGUAGUGUACCUAUUUUUUCCUUGUAGUGUGGAUAUGUCACUAUUAGGUCAACAUCAGGUUAACAAUAGUCACGUCUGUUUAUCUCUUGCAUUGAAUACGAAACUUCUAGUCUAUUACUUUGCACUUUCAUUUCCCUUUUGCACGUACAGUGUGUUCAUAACUAUGUAUUUAAACUAAUAACUAUAUGAAUUAUCUAUAUUCUAAGAUUAAAUAUACUGUACUCUGGUCUAUACACUAUAUAUGAUAAUUGAAAGUCUCCGACAUUUUAAUAUGUAACCGCAUUGUCAGGGCGUAGUCGAAACUAUAGGAUCAAAUCGCGAGGAAUUUGCAUAUUUCCCGCAAGGAAACUUCGUCACAUAACCGCAUAGACUUCGUAAUAUAACCACAAUAAGUUCCUAUUAUUUUACUAUAAAUAUAGCCUGUGUAUGUUAGUUAGACACAUUAGAACUUCAGUCUACUGGAGAGUUAACAUCGAUUGUGAUACAGGUGAAGUGUAACGUAUCUAAUGUCAUUCGGUAAAGUCCGUUCUGCGCAUCAAAACAUUCCAUCAGUGGGGGAGCAACCUUUGGAAUGUUGUUAAUAUUUCGCACCUUCCGAACUUUCUUGAAUUGAAUCUCUAGUCUGUAUUCAUUUACAAGCAUAACGAACCAGAAAAGUGUUAAAAAUUCAGUAUAAUAUACUGUAUAUCUAAUCAUAUUUUACAACUGUAGCAGUGAGUUCAAAAUGUAAACAAAGCGUUUGUUUACAUUACGGACUUUACAUCACCUUUAAAGUUUUUAAAAUUUAAACGUGAUUUGUGAAUUUGUGAGUUGUUGGGCAAAAUAAGGGAGGCAAUCCCCAACAAUAAUGGGGCAGAUUGGUGAAAAUUAUAGAACAAUUGUGCAUUUGAUGAUAACAGCACAUAAGUUGGCAUAAUGUCAGGGUAUACCCUAAGGCCAGUUGUCGAGCUCUAACCACAAGUUCAUGUAUAAUAUAUAUAGGGUACUACCACGUUUUUAGGAAUAUGAAUAAAUAUCAAGAGGGUGUGUAUUAGUUUGUUAGAGCGCUGUAUCGAAAUCACAGGGCCACAAGUUCAAUUCCUGCCACGGACCUAAAGUUGCAUUUUUCGCAGGUGUUCCUGGUUAUAUCUAGUAAAUGUACAGUAUAUAAAUUUCCACGCGAUAAUUUCCAUCCACAACACCCUUCAACUAUACCCUAAGGUAAGGGCAUUUUUGGCUAUAGUAGUAUAAGGGCAUUUUUGGCUAUAGUAGAAUAAGGGCAUUUUUGGCUAUAGUAGUAUAGGGGCAUUACAGUUUAGCUCCUGCUUGCCACAAAAUUUUGUUUUUCUGCCAUUCACCUAUUAAAGUAUGGUACUAUCUAAUAUAAAAAAGUGAAAUUUCAAAGUUCACCUUUAGCAAAUAUCACCUAUAUCGUUAGAAAGCUCGCAAAAAAAUUAAAUAUAGAUUACAGGGCAUCAAAACGGCUGCUACAAUUUUCGACACUUAUUUUAAGUUACAUAAGGUUAAACCUGCCAAAAAAACAGUAUUGUGGCCUUUUUUGUACCAUUUUGCGGUCUUUGACCGUUAAUGCCUCCAAGUGUAAGGUAUUAACGGUCACUCGGAAGAAAUCGCCUGUACUAACGGACUACCACCUGGACAACGCCAUUUUACAACGCGUUCAACAGGAAAACGACCUAGGAGUUAUCCUAGGAGGUUUGGUCACCUUCAAACGCAAAGGUGCAGAUUCUCUUAGAACGAGUACAGAGACUGGCAACUCGAUGGAUUCUAAGAACUAAAGUUGGUGAGCUGUCAUAUGAAGACAGGUUGAAAUCUCUAAACCUAUUGCCACUAACUUAAGAUCGAGAAAUCAGAGAUCUUGUGUUGGUUUGUAAAUGUAUUUUUGGUCAUACCGAUUUAAACAUUAAUCAACUUUUAACCUUCGUAGAGCACAAUCGAUCUCGCGCACAGAAUCCAACCCUAAUGCUAAAACAUUCCUGUUGUAAAACAUCCACCUUUCAGGCAUCGUUUUUUAAUAGAAUAGUAAAGCCUUGGAACUAUAUAUGUAAAAUAGCCUCUCCAGAAAAGUUUGCCAGUCUAAAUAUUUUUAAAAGCUUUUUGCACAAGACAUACACCGCCUUGGUGAACAGUAUUUUAAUGUAGAUAUGACAUGUACUUGGUCGCUCAUAAGAGACUGCCCUUGUCACCGUACUUAAGUCCUAAGUUAUAUAUGUAUAUUCUGUAUAGUCAAUAAGUUUGUUUUCACUAGUUUAGUUUAGGGGUGGCGCCCUGCAUGGGUCUCCUUGUCCCAUUUGCGCUAGCCCCAUUUGGACGUAUACCCUGUAAUUUUCUUUGUAUAAUAAUAUGUAACCUUUUAUAUGUAUGUCCAAUAAAGCUGCUAAAAAAAUAAAAAAUAGGCUUGGAAAACCGUACUACCCAACCAGGAACUAAUCUGUAAUUCCCCUAUAGCCAAAAAAAUUCCUUAGCCCUUAGGGCUUAGGCCGGGCUAACAUGAUGCCAAGUUGUGUGCUUUUAUCAUCAAAUGCACAAUUUUGCCACCAAUCUGCUAUGCUAUUUAGAGGUAUGGUCUAUCUAUAGCAUUCUGUAGACUAAAAAAGUCAGAACUAUUCCUUUCCUUAGGUAUUCGUAUGUUAGAUGGUGAUGUGACGGACGUGGUUGAAGCUCAUUCACUGAGUUUCAAACCAAAACAUAUCGACAUCUACAGUUCAAGCUGGGGACCAGAUGAUGACGGCAAGACAGUUGAUGGACCAGGACCUCUAGCAAAAAUUGCUUUUUCAGAAGGAAUCGCAAAGGUGAAAAAAAUGUGAUCUCUCGUUGUGCUUAGAUAUACGGUAUUGGAAAUCCAUGUACAGCGCUGUAUAUAUAAAUUUUCGGUAAACUCCAAGUACUUUUAAUAAAAUACAAAAUAAUGGAAACUUUAUUCAAAGAUUAUUAUAAAACCCAGCAAAUGUCUUUCAUAUGCCUGUCAGAUGUUGGGAUCCUAGGUAGCAGCUCUACCUGCAAGUGCCUGAAGCUAACUGCAAUCCUUGUUCAGAAGGUCUUAUGCAUGCUUAAAUAAAAUAGAAAAUUUCAAUUUUUCCGAAUACAUUUUGCAAUAUUUACCGACCAGAUUCAAUAAGAGUCCUCAAGACAUAAAUUCAUCAAAUUAUGCCAUCAAAAAAUUGAAAAUUUUUUUGAGACAAUAAAUUUUUUUGAGAAAAUUUUCUCCAAUCAGUCGUGUGACAUGUCAGCUUUCUUGAUUUCCAUUUAUGGACCAUUUGCAUUAUAGACCAAAUUUUGAUCUAAACAAGUCUAGACAAAAAUUUCAUCACAGCUUGAAAGAGCAUCACAAAAUUAGUAAUAUUCCAAAGUUUCGUUGCGAAAUGUUGUAAAAUGCGGAUAAUAUAGCCUUGCAAAGUUUGCCGUUUUUCAGUCAUUUUACUAAAUAUUACUAAUUUUGUGAUGCUCUUUCAAACUGUGAUGAAAUUUUUGUCUAGUGUUGUUUAGAUCAAAAUUUAGUCUAUAUGCAAAUGUCCAUUGAAUUUACAAAUAAUGGGUUUGAGCAAAUUAGCGGACACUCAAUUUUGACAAUAUGAAACAUAACUCGAAAAAAUUUCUUCGGUGCCCGAUCGUCUGUCGAAAUUUGCAAGCUUCAAGCGAAACGGGCAAGUUUGGACCACGCAGGGCUAACUGCAACUGUUUUUUUGGCUACCUGCAAAAAGCCUAAAUAUACAGCAUGGUCUUUCAAACAAAACAUAACAAUUUUAAUGUAUUUACUGACGUUUCGUAUGCAUCACAACAUCUUGCAUUUAAAUCAGAAAAUAAAUUUUAUUCUUUAAGCCAAUCUGCUUUAUUUUGGAAUUCACCACUUUAUAUCUGUAUCCAAUCAGGGUCGUGGUGGUCUUGGUAAUAUUUUUGUGUGGGCGUCAGGGAAUGGUGGUCGCGACCAAGACAACUGUAACUGCGAUGGUUAUACCAACAGUAUUUAUACACUAUCUAUCAGUUCCGCUACAGAACAUGGUACAUCACCGUGGUAUUCUGAAUAUUGCGCUUCCACAUUGGCAUCAACCUUCAGUAGUGGCUCGUGGGGAAUGAGGAAAAUAGUAAGUGAUUGUUUUGUUGUGUGGAAACACCAUUUAAACCUACAACGAACUGAAAAGUAAACCAACUGACAUUCUGCCAAUUGGCCCUUUGCAUCAGGGAUGGGUAUGGAGAACAAUGGGAUUUUCAAAACAAUGAAAAGACAAUGAAACCUUCCCAUCACUGGAUCAUGAUUGGAUGGUAGUGAUGUUAUUCAAAGUGUUUUGUUAUGAGAUGAAGUUAGCUGGGGAUAAUUCUUUGAUGAUAGCUCUGAUUUGGUAUUGCUCCAGAAUUAGGCAUUAGGAGUCAAAUAUAAAAUUUUGUUUCAGGUAACAACAGAUCUCCACCACAAAUGUACACGGGAACAUACAGGAACUUCAGCUUCCGCUCCGCUUGCAGCUGGAAUAUUGGCAUUAGCAUUGGAAGCCAAGUAAGGCUUAUCUACAGCUUAAGGCCCUGAAACGUAUGAGAGGCGUAUGAAAAUUAAUGAAAUAAUUUUCAUACACACAAAAAUCCUUUGAAAUGCCAGCGUAUGAGUACCGUACAUCUGGCGUACCUCUAGCGUAUUCAGCGUGUGCCGAGAGUAUGCUUAUCGUAUAAACCAUACGUCCGAAUACGCACAAAAUUUUUGAGUUUUUAUGCCUCGCCGUAUGCCAGCGUAUGCCACCGUAUGCGACCGUGCUUGAAACGUAUAAAACCUAUGCCUAACGUACCUGUAGCGUAUGUCUGCGUAUACCUGCGUAUGAGUGAUAUUUUUCAUACGCUGGCAUACGCUAGUACGAUACGCAAUAUUGUGACAGGGCCUUUACACUUCUAACUCUGUGCUUCACUUUAGAGUUUAGAGUUAAAUCGGCUAGCAUGAGAGUGAAACGUAAGAGUGAAAUCAACUAGCGCGUGUUAGCUAAUGCCUACUAGUGGUCCAAAAAGUUAUGCCUGAAUCUUCAUCAUAGUAGACUCACUACUUAUUUCCAUAUUGGAUUAUAUUCUAGUCGAAAGUUAACAUGGCGUGACAUGCAGCAUAUUGUGAUACGAACAUCAAAACCUGACAAACUUAAGUCUAAUGAUUGGGUGACCAACGGCGUCGGGCGAAAGAUAAGUCAUCGCUUUGGCUAUGGUCUACUGGAUGCCAAGGCGUUGGUGGAUCUUGCAUUGAGAUGGCAGACAAGCCCUGAGAAACACGACUGCAGCGAGGCCGCGGAUACAACGCCAAGGUUAGUAGUAUGACCUGGACCUCUAGGGAGAACAAUUUAAACUGAUAGAGCUAUCCAGUAUAAAUAAAAUUAGUUUACGUUUUAGAUUAAGAUAUGGCAUUUCGUUCUCUCAACUGAUAUAUUUGUAUCUACGGUACUUCGUCGAGUAGAUCCCUACUUCAUAUAAGCUAAUUAGUGUUGGACCGCGCACAAACACUUUUAGUAUUAUGAUUUUUUUUUGCUGUGUUGGUGUUGUGUACUCAGGUGAAUAUGUUUGCGAUGUUUCUCUGAGUGUGUAUCCCCACCGGGCGAGCUUGAAAAAUAUGCCCGGCCACGGUGGGAAUCGAACCUACGACCUUUGGAACACUAGCCCAAUGCUCUGCCGACUGAGCUACGCGGUCAGGUCGGUUCGAGUAAGUGAUAUUUCGGAACAGAAUCUAGUUCCUUCGACACCAAUGUAAUCUAGUAAUAUGAUUUUUUUGAAAUUUUUUCUGUGUUGGUGUUGUGUACUCAGGUGAGCUUAGUAUAGUAUUUAAUAGUAGCAAUAACUGAAGGUGUUUUCAUGUUUCGUCUAGACCAAUUCCACACACGGGAAGUUUGACAGUGGAAAAAGAUACCACAGGCUGCGAGGGUACCGAGAACUACAUCCGUUACUUGGAACACGUGGAGGUCGUACUUUCACUUUCGUUCACGCGUCGUGGCGACCUCACUAUAUACAUCACCUCGCCCCUGGGAACGAGGUCGACGUUACUGGGCAAACGAAGAAUGGACUACUCUUCCAAAGGAUUUACGAAAUGGGUUUUCAUGUCCACGCAUACCUGGGAGGAAAAUCCAAGGGGAAAAUGGAAGUUGGAAAUCCAGAAUGUUGGUAAGUGGAUGCACAGCUCCUAUAAUAUGAUGUUUGCGAUGUUACUAUGAGUGUGCAUCCACACCAGACAAGUUGAAAAGUUUGGCUGACCAUGGUGGGAAUGGAACCCGCGACCUUUGAGAUACUAGUCCAAUGCUCUACCAACUGAGCUACGAGGUCAAGUCGGUUCGAGUUGGUGAUAUUUCGCAACUGAGUCUAGUUCCUUCGAUAUCAAUGUAUUCUAAGAUAUGAUAUUUUUUUGUUUGUGUUUGUGUUUGUGUUUGUGUUUGUGUUUGUGUUUGUGUUUGUGUUUGUGUUUGUGUUUGUGUUACAUCGAAAUUGAGUGACUAAAACAUUUUACAAGACUGGAAGUUUGCAGAACUGGACUCACAAUGACAUAUGUUUCCCAAAUGGGCAAAAAACAUUUGGGCAAAUGUUCGAAAAUUUGAAGAACAUUUAAAUCCCAAAGGUGGAAAAAUGCGAAUUCAACCAAUCACUUUAAAUCAGUGUACAUUCGGUCAUUUUUUGAUCGAAAUGAUGUUUCGCCCAGCACAUUCUCUGAACUAUCUCUGCAGCUUGAUAUACCGGUAGCUAUGUUUAACUUAGUAUGAAGUUUUUAUUCAAGAACAUGUAUUGUGCUACCCCACUUAGUCAGAGAUUUGACCAUGAUGCAUCAGCUCAACUCGACAACAAAAAACACCACUAAACGAAGUGCUUUCACACUAAGAUGAAACUGACCUAUACUCGUUCAUUUCGUGUAGGUUCCAGUGCUAACACUGGUACUUUAACCAGCUGGCAAAUUCGGUUCCAUGGUACCCAAGAAUCACCAGGAGUGGGUUAUACAAACUGUUCUAGCGAAUGCAAAGGAGGCUGCCAUGGUCCUACUACCAGAGAUUGCGUGCAGUGUGCUAACUACAAGUCCAAUGGCGUAAGUUGAUACGAUAGUCUUAAUAAUCCAUUUUGCAGAAUAGGAAUGAAUAGUUAGAAGUGUCACUCUUCCAAGUUGCUUUGUCCUUACAGACCAUUUGCAGAAUUACUGGAGGGUAGCAUUAUAUAACCAAUUCAAACAAGGUUGUCCUUUGCAGACAUUAAACUCUAAACCUUAAACUCUAAGCGCGCGAAGCUUAAUGGGAACACAAGUUUCAAGCUUAGUAGUUGAAUAUUGCAGCUAUUUGUGAAUGAAUUGUUCUCGUAAGGAGAUAUUUACCAUGUCUCUAAGAAAUGGGCACUCCUCCUGUUCCUCCUCCUGCUGCUCCUCCUCCUGCUGCUCCUGCUCCUGCUGCUCCUCCUCCUGCUCCUCCUCCUCCUGCUGCUGCUCCUGCUGCUCCUCCUCCUGCUCCUCCUCCUCCUGCUCCUCCUCCUUCUGCUGCUGCUGCUCCUCC